AUGGCCGCGGUGGCAUCGCCGACACUGACGUCGACGUCGCACACGCUCACAGCACUGCCGCCGGGCAUGGCGCCCGCCACGACGAAUUCGACGCCGAAUGGCGAGACGCACGCCGCUUUGCUCGAGGCCCUGCGACCGGCGAACCGACAUGCCUUUUUGCAGCCGGAGUCGGCGCUGCCGGCCGAGUCGCUGAGGCUGGUCAAGGACACGCUCGAGGGCUUCGCGGCCCAGGUUGGCGAGGAGCAGGAGCGGCGGCUCAAGGAGAGCAGAAAGCGCAAGCGUGCUGCAGGCUCCGCCGGAAAGGGCCGCGACGAAAUCGACGUGCUGAAGCUGCGCAAGGUGUACGUGGAUGGAUUCGAGACGGGACAGGUGUGGCAGCAGGCGAAAAAGAUUAUUGGUGGGGUGUUGGAAUUUUCAGAGGGCGUGCUGGAUGAACUGGAGGAGGCUAAUGAAGUUGCCGUGGAUGGUGAGGAUGAGGAUGGGGCGGAGCCCAAGAGCCUCACCUUCGGCGAGGACGGGUUCGAGGUCGACUCUGACGAGGAAGAAGAGGAAGAGGAGUCGGGCUCGCAACUUGAGGAAGACGACGAGGAUGAAGAGGAGGAAGCGGGCGACGAAGAGGAUCUCGAGGCGCUCGAGGGCCAAUUGGAAGACGAAUUCGAGCAAGACGCACCGGAGGAUGCCGAAGACGACGAUGAAGACGACGAGGACGAGCAAGAAUACGUCCAGGACCCUCACGGCCUCAACGAUGGGUUCUUCUCCAUCGACGACUUCAACAAGCAGACACAAUGGUUCGAGGAUCAGGACACCCGCGGCGACCCCACCACGGACCAGGUCAGCGACGACGAGGAAAUCAACUGGGAGGCAGACCCGCUGGCUCCCUCCAAGGGCGAUGCAAAGUCAUCAACAAGAAAGUCGGCUGACGACGAGGUCGGCGAUGAUGAUGAUGACGAUGACGAGGAGGACGGCCCGACGUUUGGCGACAUGUCUCUCGACGCGCCCGAAGGCGAGAGCGAUGAGGAGGACAUGGAUGAGGACCCCGAGGACGAAUCGGGAGACUUGAACGCAAACGAGGUCUACUACAAAGAUUUCUUUGCGCCGCCGCCCAGGAAGAGCAGAGGCGACAAGCCGAGAAAGUCGGUCAAGUUUGACGCGCCAGCCCAAGCGCCCGCCGAGGAGGACGUCGAGCGAGCCAUGGCCGAUGUCCGCCGCGACCUCUUUGACGACGAGUCCGACGUGGAGGGCUCCGAGGACGACGACCUCUCGGAGGUGGACGCCGGGGACCCCAAGUCGCGCCGGUCGGCGCACGAGAGGAGACAGGCUAAGCUCGCUGAGGAGAUCCGCAAGCUCGAGGCCGCGUCGGUGGCUAAGCGUGAGUGGGCGCUGUCAGGCGAGGCGCAGGCCGCGGACCGGCCGAUGAACUCGCUCCUCGAGGAGGACCUCGACUUUGAGCACGUGGGCAAGCCCGUACCGGUCAUCACGCCCGAGGUCAGCGAGGGCAUCGAGGAGCUCAUCAAGCGGCGCAUCCUCGCGCAGGAGUUCGACGAGGUGCUCCGCCGGCGGCCCGACGCCGAGGGCGUGCCGCAGGGCACCCGCCGCGGCGCGCUGCCCGAGAUCGACGACUCGCGCCCGGAAAAGGGCCUCGCCGAGGUGUACGAGGAGGAGCACGCCAAGAACGCCGACCCGGACGCCUACGUGUCCAAGUCGGACGAGAAGGUCCAGCGCGAGGAGAAGGAGAUCGAGGCCAUGUGGCGCGACGUGUGCUCCCGCCUCGACGCCCUCUCCAGCUGGCACUACAAGCCCAAGCCCGCCGCGCCCGCCAUCAGCGUCGUCGCCGACGUCGCCACCAUCGCCAUGGAGGACGCCCAGCCCGCCACCGCCCAGGCCGUCGCCGGCGAGAGCAGCCGCAUGGCGCCGCAGGAAGUCUACAAGCCCGGUGUCGCCGCCCCCGACGGCCAAGGCAGCAGCACGCCCAAGACCGAGGUCGUCACCAAGGGCGGCAUGCCCCUCGCCCGCGCCGAGAUGUCGCGCGAGGAUCGCACCCGCCGCCGCCGCCGCCACAAGGAGCGCGUGCGCAAGGCCGGCGGCACCACAUCCACAUCCACGUCCACGGCGGCCGGUACCACCACCGCCAGGGGAGGAAGUAAGGGUGGCGCCACGCGCGCCCAGAUGCAGCGCGAGACCGUCGCCGAGCUCAAAAAGGGCGGCGUCAAGGUCAUCAACCGCAAGGGCGAAAUCACCGACGUGGACGGCAACAAGGCCAAGGCCGCCAAGGCGCUGUCGAGCGGGAGCUACAAGCUCUAA